CAAUCGCGUAAUCGCUGUCAUCCACGUCGCGUUCUGAUUGGGCGUAACUGCGUCACUCCGCAGUCCAGCGGAAGCGCGUGUAGACAUGGCCUAUAUUCUAACGUUUUGGAUGCAGUCCGCUGUGUAAUCUCCGAGAAGACUUUGUCUGGACUGCUUGAAAAGGACAAAGAUGUUAAAUGACAAGGAGGCACAGGACCUCCUGGGUUUUCUUACCCCGGAAAUGCGGCCGGAUGUCAAAGGUCAGGCCACGGCAUACAUUCUCGGCCUCACUGGCACGAAAGAUGGCUGUAGGUACCUGCGUGGCAAACCAGACUUCCUCAAGGCUCUCCUGUCCCUGACGAGCGACGCGUCGGUGGCCGUUGUGAAGGACUGCUACCACGCUCUGAUCAACCUCUCUGCGGAUGAAACGCUGCAUGAACCAAUGGUGAAAGAGGCCAACGUAUUGCCACGCCUGUUCCAUAACCUCUUAGAUCCCGAGUAUGCCUUUGCGGACCGGAUCUGCACCAUUCUGACCAACCUCUCACGGCACGAGAAGACCUGCAAGGCUGUUUUCCGGGUGCUACAGGAGGAAGGGAUUGGCCUGGCGAAAAUAGUGGAAGUGUUCUGCACAGAGGGAUACAACGCAAAGGCUUCCCUGCACUACCUGGGACCUCUUCUUUCCAAUCUGACUCAGCUACCCGAGACCCGGCAGUUCAUACUAGAUAAAAACAGAUGUGUGGUUCAGCGACUCCUGCCCUUUACCCAGUAUGAAGCUUCGACAGUCAGACGUGGUGGCGUCGUGGGCACUCUGAGAAACUGCUGCUUUGAUUAUGCUUACCAUGAGUGGUUGCUAAGCGAUGCAGUGGAUAUCCUCCCGUUUCUGCUGCUGCCUCUGGCCGGCCCUGAAGAGCUCUCAGAGGAGGAGAAUGAAGGACUGCCUGUGGACCUCCAGUACCUGCCUGAAGAUAAGAAAAGAGAGGAAGACCCAGAUAUCCGACAAAUGCUGAUAGAGACAGUGCUCCUGCUUACUGCAACAAAGACCGGUCGACAGAUUUUAAAAGAUAAGAACGUUUACCCCAUCAUGAGGGAGUUUCACAAGUGGGAGAAGGAUCCACAUGUUGUUUCUUCUUGCGAGAAGUUGGUUCAGGUCUUGAUUGGGGAUGAACCUGAGCCGGGAAUGGAUAAUCUGUUGGAAGUUAACAUUCCGGAAGAUGUUGAAGAAAAGCUCCGUCUUUGGGAUGCAAAGGAACAGGAGCAGCUUGAGAAAGAGAAGGAGGAGUUUUUAAAAACCGGGUGUGAGGGACGAGCAGAAAUCGGAGAGCAGCGAACAUAAAGAACUUCAGCCGUGAAGGCUCUAUUCACUCGCAUAGGGGAGUAUCACACUGUACUUCGAAAGCAACCUGCCAACUGGAAAUACAGUAUAUAGAAAAGUCCGUUUGCUCUGUAUGUACAGUCUGAAAUGAAGAAAACUGCGUUAUGCAUAAAUAAUAAAAUUAACGAGCGCCAUCUUUAAA